UAAUUAGCAUUACCGUCAUUUAAUGUAAAUUAGUGUACAAGCCAGUAGAUAUUGUAACAUACAUAAAUAAAGAAAUGUAAUCUAUUCUGCAAGGCAGCAGUUUGCUGGUUUUGGUCCACCCCGGGUAUUUGAUUUCCUCGGUACCCCCUAUAUCUAGAGGACAUUCCCCGAUCCGCCACCUGGGGAGGCGCCCGAUAGGAGACCAGCAUCUCCCACUCAUCUACAGUGCAAUGUUUAAAAUGGGGGUCUGUUGCUUGAGAGCUCCGUUAUGUAGCAGCUAAAAACACAAUUAUUCGAUCUAUGGGGAUUUCAAGCCUUGAAAAUUCUCACCGAUUAAUUGAUAAAUUAUUGAUUGUCAAGUACAGUACUUUACCAGGGUAUCUGAAAUAGAUAACCUUAAAACAGAAAAUGUGUUUCAACAAGACAAACAACAUAGAUUCUACUAUGAAGGAUUCAAGUUGAUUUUUGUCUGUUGCAGGUUAAAGUUGAGAAACAGGAAAAUGCUUUUGAUGACAGUUGGAUUGGAGCUGCACGUAGUGAUACAGCUACUCAGCAGAUCAAGAUCGAGAAGCAGGAGGAUGAAUUUGGAGAAUGUGAAUUAGCAACUAGCAACGUCAAAGAUGAGUCAUCCUCGCACAAUGGUUCAACUUCCAAUCAGAUGGCGAGAGUUAAGCAGGAGAAUGAUAGCAGCCAAGAACCAGCGCCAGAGUGCAGCACUGCAUGCUCUCCAACUGAUGAUGAUUUCAGCCAACAACAUUAUCUAAUCCCGGGCUAUAAUCUAAUAUUCAUCAAAGAGGAAGAAUAUGUUGAGCAAGAGGCAGAAGGAUGUUCAGUGGAGAGUGAACCGGAGAUGUGGCCUUCAAACUGCAGCACAUCUGAAACUGCCAAUGCAACAGAAGUGGGUGGACUGAAUGCACAUUCAAUCUCUCCCAUGGAAGAGUGCACUGAGCCAUCUGUGGCUGGCAAAAAGAUCAAGCUCUACAGCUGUGCUGACUGCAGCUAUAAAACUCCAUCGAUCACUCAUUGGAAGAGACACAUGAGAAAACAUACUGGGGAAAAGCCUUUCAGUUGUGAGUAUUGCGACUAUAAGUGUGCUCAAUCUGGUAAUUUGGAGAGACAUAUCAGAACACAUACAGGAGAAAAACCUUUCAGCUGCGAGUAUUGUGACUAUAAAUGUGCUCAAUCUGGUACUUUGAAGGAACAUAUCAGAACACAUACAGGAGAAACACCUUUCAGCUGCGAGUAUUGUGACUAUAAAUGUGUUCGAUCAAGUGAUUUGAAAAAACAUGUCAGAACACAUACAGGAGAAAGACCUUUCAGCUGCAAGUAUUGUGACUAUAAAUGUGCUCGAACAAGUAAUUUGAAAAGACAUAUAAGAACACAUCAUAAAUGAGAAACAACUACUAGCUGAAAAUGGUUUUAAUGGUUUCUUAGUUAUUCAAGAAAUUGGAUCUACUUUUUCCAUAAGAUCCUUAUUUUUUGUUCAAUCUUAGCAAAUGGGGUGUCAAUGGAUUUGUAAUUAGAUUUACUGGAAAAAGUUAUUCUUGUAUUUUUUUUGUGAAAUAAACGGUUUCUUAGUUAUUCAAGAAAUAAAAAACCUGGAUUUAGUUUUUUCCUAAAAAGUGGGAAUGGGGAUCUUCGUUUGAGGUUUAUUGUGAGAUUAGGGGUAAGGCUAGGUUAAGUUAGUUCAGAUUACAUUGGAUUGGGCAAGGUUAGAACGAAGAAUCAGAUUUGAGCCAGCUUUGGGGCAGCUUUUUUUUCAGUACUCCCACUUUCCCCCUACUUUAAACAGAUGGUAAUAUUCACCAAAUAGUCUACUAUUCAAGUUAAUUUCAUUAACCCACUCUGUCCUAGCAGGCUUAGCUAAAAUCCAAUACUUCAAGUAUUUGUUUUUCACUAAGUAAUGUCCGUGCAAAAUUGGACAACGCCAUUUUCUAGACGCUUGACGCUUCCUAUGUGUAUCAUGAACGCUCUGACCACGCCAAGCCUCGCUCCGCUUUCAGUGUGGUUGUACCCUAAAGGUGCGUACAGACUUUCGCUCUGCUCCGCAACCGAACGUCACUCCAGCAGAGCGAUUGAUGAUCGACCGGGGAGCAACAGUGGUUCGACCGGGGAACGCGAGAAGAUUUAACAUCUUCCGUAACGUUCAUGAUGGGUGCGUGGGUGGAGCGACUGUGGUUCGAUGGAGGAACGAGGGCGGUACGAGGGCGGAGCGUGCUCGGUGCGGGUUGGAAGCGCGUAUAUGUGUACGCAGCUUAAGAGGUGAUAGGCCAUGCUUUGGCACUACCUGGAGGGAGGGGAGUCGCUAGGAGUGGUGGGAGAGUAGUGGCAGUCAUCACCGUCGUUGAAGUGCAUGGCAACAGGUCAAAACUUGUCAGAAAUGGUCUCCUAGUGUCUUCCAGACGAGCCUUUGUCACUGACUCCGGUCUGCCUCCAGAUCAAGUGGUGUUCGGUUCGUCCUCUUAGUGACCCCUACCGGUCACCAAAGGUCACCUGACGUGUUUUUUUUUUUAGAUAAAUGAAAAUUUAA